ACAGUCCCACGCUGCACGGCUUCAGGUCGCUCUCAGAGCUCAGCACAGGUGCGACAGCGUCUCCCUCCUCCUGUUAAUCAUCUGCCUGCUCCGGCCUAUUUAUCUGCUCUGAAAGUAUCCCCCUGGGUUCAUCUCUUGUCAGACUAGUUUGGUUCCAAACUAAAGCUCAUUUAAAGUGUUACAUCUACAGCUGACUAGAACAAUGAAUUUCGAUGAGAUCCUGAGUAAAAUUGGAGGCUUUGGGAAGUUCCAGAAGCUGCUGUACGUGUGGAUCUGUCUACCUCAGAUCUUCUUGGCGUUCCACAUGCUGGUGUCAGUGUUCACCGGGGCCGUUCCUCCUCAUCUGUGCCGCUCUGCUUGGCCCUCAGCGUCCACCCCUGCAAACUUCAGUCACCUGAGCAGCCCAGGAGGCCUUCCUGAGCUGUCCUGCUCCACGGCCCUGAACCUCAGCGGCUCUGCAGCUCCUGGAGACGGGCAGCCGGCCGCGAGCUGUCAGGACGGCUGGGAGUACAGCAGGGAAACAUUCCAGAGCACCAUAGUAACUGAGUGGGACCUGGUCUGUUCCAACGCCGGCCUCAACAAUCUGGGCUCGUCCAUCUACAUGUCCGGACUCCUCGUUGGAGCUCUUGUGUUUGGUCACUUGGCUGAUAAAUACGGACGCCGGAUUAUCAUCCUGGUCAGCCUGGCUAUCCAAGCAAUCUUCGGUGUAGCUGCCGCCUUUGCUCCCCAUUUCUACAUCUACAUCGCUCUUCGCUUCAUGGUCGGAAUGUCCAUCUCCGGCGUCAUCAUGAACGCCUUCGUUUUAGGUACUGAAUGGACAGGCCCCAAACAGCGCAUGCUGGCUGGUAUAAUCACAGACUACUUCUUCGGCUUUGGAUACAUCAUACUGGCUGGACUCGCGUACCUCAUAAGAGACUGGCGUAAGCUGCAGCUGGCUAUAUCUGCACCUGGCUUCAUCUUCAUCAUCUACAUUUGGGUCUUGCCAAAAUCGGCACGCUGGUUGAUGGCCAACGACAGGAACGCGGAAGCGUGGGAACUGAUCCUGAAGGCAGCAGAGAUGAAUGGGAAGCCAAUCAGUAAAGACCUGGAGAUAUGUCAGGUUCAACAGACUGAAGAGAAAACUGUACUGAAGAAGAAGCACUCCUUUGUUGACCUCAUUCGGACCCCUAAGAUGCGGAAGCACUCCCUGAUUGUCUUUUAUCUAUGGUUUGUCAAUGUCCUGGUGUACUACAGCCUGUCCCUCAACAUUUCCGACUUCGGAAUGAACAUCUUCUUAACCCAGAUGAUCUUUGGUUUGGUGGAGAUGCCUGCACGCACAAUCACGCUGUUCACCCUUAACCGUUCACGCAAGUUCUCCCAGCUAGCUUUUCUAGCAGUGGGAGGUUCUGCCUGCCUCUUAACAACCUGCAUCCCUAGCGACUUGCCCAUUGUCAGAACAGUCCUGGCCAUGAUUGGGAAGUUUGGAAUCACUGCCUCUCUGUCUAUCAUUUAUGUCUACUCCGCUGAAGUAUUUCCAACUGUGAUCAGGCAAAAUGGGAUUGGCAUAGGAUCCAUGUGUGCACGGAUCGGAGGGGUCCUGGCUCCCAUGACAUACCUUCUAAGAAACAUCCACCCUCAUGCUCCCAUGGUUCUCUCUGGCCUGUGUCCAUUGCUGGGCGCUGGACUGACCCUGCUCCUGCCUGAGACGGUCAACAAACCUCUACCAGACACCAUUGAAGACGUCGAGGGGCAAAGCAUCAGUGAUGAAGAGCAAUGUGUGAAGACGGCCAUCUUUGAUCCGAGGAUCACGAACGACGGCUCCAGGACUGUUUAGCACUCCAGCACCUGCUUUCACAUCAUGUGGCAUUCAGUAUUUACCCAUUUACCUUUUUGGAGACAUACGUCUUUGCUUCCAGUGGAAGCCUUACUUACAAUUUGUGUUUAUGGGUUUUACAAGCUACCCAAAGUCUAACACCCUUUAAACAUGGUUUGUGUUUGCUUAAUCCUUCUUGAUUAUUUUUAGCGGGAUUGUUUUUGUUGUCAAUUUCUGUUAUGCAGAUUUCCCUCUUGUUUCAGAGUGUGUUAUCUUUCUAAUGUAUGUUAGAAAGUUCAACUUUGGUAAAGAUGUAUAGAAACUUAAAGAAAAGAAAAGUUAUUCCUCUACAGCAGCUUACUUCCACAAUCAAAGAUGUAAACAACUAAUUUGAGCACAUUUGUUCAACUAAGAAAGAAAUUCUAGGUUAGGUAAAAGCUGAUUACUUGAUUUCUUCAGGAACACAACAGUUACUAGCCUUGUUGGUAAUGAUCUAUGCAAACUCAUUUUACCAGCAGGAAAGAAAUGCCUUUAGUGCAGUAGAUGAGGGGUGCAAGUGCUCUAAAAAUACAUGAUGCACAACAAAUUGGGACAGCAAAUGUACGUUGUUGGGGGGAGUGUUCGGCUAGUGGUUAGAGCCUGUGCUCUUAGAAGGUGGCAAGUACCUGGUUCGAUCCCCACAUCUACUCUGGGUUCCUGAGCAAGGUCCUUAAAGU